UCGAUUUGGUGCAUUGUUACGGUGGACGACCUGGGAAUUUUGGACAUCACACAGCAGCUGGCAUCUGCCCCGCUGGGCUCGGUUACUCCAGUGACAGUGAAUGCGAAUCCGUUCGGCGGGCCUCUUCCAUUUGGCAGCGCCGUUCAGGUAAGCCAUCAUUAGCAAAAGCUAAAAAUAGUUUUUCCUACUUUCUUAGCGAUAGUUUUUCAUUCCAUUCAAAUAACUUGUAA